AUGAAAUAUAUCGAAUCGGGGAAGAAGCAGGGAGCAAAAUUAGAAUUUGGCGGUGAACGUGUGGGAAAAAACGGUUUUUUUAUUCAACCCACAGUAUUUAGUAAUGUCAAAGACGAUAUGGACAUUGCUACCGACGAGAUAUUCGGUCCUGUGAUGAGUAUUUUGAAAUAUCAUGAUUACGACGAAGUAAUUAAACGAGCCAAUGAUACGCCAUUUGGUCUUGCUGCCGGCGUUGUGACAAAAGAUAUAACACGCGCAAUGAAAUUUGUUGCACAGUUACAAGUAGGCACUGUUUGGGUCAAUGAUUACGAUGCAGUCAUCAACCAGUUGCCAUUUGGCGGUUAUAAACAAUCUGGUCAUGGAAGGGAAUUAGGUUCCUAUGGUUUACAAGAAUAUUAUGAAAUAAAAACUGUUGUUAUCAAGCUUAUAUGA